AUGAGGCUACCUCCCACUGCCAACCGACCGCUGGUAUCUACAAGGAUCGAACACACCCUAGAAAAUCUCAAAGACGAAGUUGAUAAUCACAUUCCGCUCAAGUCCGCCUGUUAUUCUACUUUGGGCGAUAGCGGAGAAGCCAAAAGCCACGCGUCUGAUGAGGAUGAUUCCGACCCUGAGCGACCACGGAAAAAGCGUGCAAUUAGUGUUGAUGGGCUACAAAACACUCCGCCAGUUUCACUCCCUGGUCCCCAUGCUCUAAGGUGGUCUGAUCCGGAUCCUUACACUUCGAUACCCCCAACAAGCCAACAAACGAAUGACAGGGUCGAUAUUGUCAAGCUGAUUCGGGAAUCGAGACUUGAAAAUGCAGCGAAAGCAGGUGAGAAUGAUGAGGUGAAAGAGAAUUUGGAUUUCAUUGCUCUCGGCAUGAUACCAGAAAUCGAACUUGAGAGAAACGCUCCCGAGAACGCCCUUGACAUACCUUCGCAGAGACAGACAGGCCGAGGAAGCAUUGGUCCUGUGUCAAGGCGAAGUCGAAUCCGUUGGGAUUACGAGAUUAUCAGCUUCUACAACUGGGUCAAGCCACAAGAUUUCGAAAACAUUGUCCGCAGAGAUCUGGUCGAGCGGUUGAAAGCUGCAUUUCACAGCCGAUAUACUGGCAUUGAAAUCCACAUCUUCGGCUCUUUUGCCUCUGGUGUCCAUCUGUCUACCGCCGAUAUUGACUUGGUGUUACUACGCAUUCAUAUCGCUGUCCCUGAUUCGAUUGAGUGCGUUGCCCAUGCUCGAGUGCCGAUUGUGAAAUUUGUGGAUAGCUUGACUGGGAUAAGCGUCGAUAUGUCUUUUGACAACAACAGUGGUUUGAUCGCCGCCGAGACCUUCCAAGUAUGGAAGAAGCAGUUUCCUAUAAUGCCCAUUAUUCUGUCAGUCGUCAAAUUUUUCUUGUUGAUCCGUGGUCUCCAUGAGGUCCGAAGCGGCGGACUAGGAGGAUUUUCUACCACUUGCUUGGUCACAAGUUUCCUCCAGCAUCUGCCUCAGCAACCUACACAGCCAACUCUUGGAAGUAGUCUCAUGGAUUUCUUCAAUUUUUAUGGAGAUAAGUUUCGAUUUGAUCAGGUGGCAAUCUGUUUGAAUCCUCCGGGAUAUUUCAGCAAGAAAUCAUUUGGAAAUCCGAAUCGUCUCACCAUUGAAGAUCCAAACGAUACGUACAAUGAUAUCUCCAGUGGGGCAAAGGCGACCGACUUGAUUUUCCGUACCUUCGCUGGUGCUCAUACCACUCUGAAGAAUUGUUUGGAGUCCCUCACUUCCGUCCAAAGCCCAAACAAAAGCAUUUUGGGGUCAAUAAUUGCAGCGAACUUUGACAGAUACACUGAACAACGCAACCAACUUCACCCAGUCUUCAUGACAGAAGAGAGAUUUGCUAAGCACAGGAUGUCUCCAUCGCCGCCGUCGGAAUCUUGGCAUGUCAGCGGAGUGCGUUCUGCUCCCCGGCCGCUACCUGUUGGGCCUCCGAAUAGACGGUUCCCCGUGAUUCCAGUGCAAAGACCUCGGAACGACGCAACAUCCAAAUCGAAAUACACGAGAGCCGAAUCAGAAGACAAUCCUGAUGAGCAUCUUAGCGAAACAAAGCUUGUCAAGCCUCGCAGGGGCCAAAGAGGACCACAAGCUCGCGGGUGGCGCGCAGCAAGAAUGAAACGCCUCAGACCUGAUCUUCAGAAUCUACCCAGCUCCCUCACAGUCAAACAGGCUUUGCAGCACGGUGGCUAUGCUACCAACGGGGAAAUGAAACGUGACUUGAACUCGAGGGAACGGAAACAAGCCGCGGCGUGA